AUGGCCUUUGAGAAUGUAGUGCAAGUUGUGGCGCUGCAGCUCUCCCAGGAGCAGGGCAGGAGUGCCGAAAUUGUGGGUGAGUUCUUCUCAUUUGGCAUCAACAACAUUUUAUAUCAGCAUGGCAUAUAUCCAUCUGAAACCUUUACUCGAGUGCUGAAAUAUGGACUCACCUUGCUUCUAACUACUGAUCUUGAGCUCAUAAAAUACCUAAACAAUGUGGUGGAGCAACUGAAAGAUUGGUUAUACAACAGUUCAAUUCAGAAACUGGUUGUAGUUAUCUCAGAUGUUGAAAGUGGUGAGGUCCUUGAAAGAUGGCAGUUUGAUAUGGAGUAUGACAAGGCUGCAAAAAAUGAUAGUGCACCCAGAGAAAAGUCUCAGAAAGCUGUCCAGGAUGAAAUCCGUUCAGGGAUCAGACAGAUUGCAGCUACAGUGACAUUUCUGCCACUGUUGGAAAUUUCUUGUUCAUUUGAUCUACUGAUUUAUACAGACAAAGAUUUGGUUGUACCUGAAAAAUGGGAAGAAUCAGGACCACAGUUCAUUACCAGUGCUGAGGAAGUCUGUCUUUGUUCAUUUACUGCUAUAAUCCACAAAAAAAGUAACAUGGUGGCCUACAAAGUUCCUGCCAAUGGCUGA